CCGCCGAGCCUACUCUUUUCCAGAAAGAGUUCUCGCUGGGGGACCGUGUCGCGCUGGUCACUGGGGCCAACCGUGGACUCGGACUGGAGAUGGCAAUGACUCUAGUCGAGGCAGGUUGUCGCGCCGUGUACUGCGUCGACCUUCCGCAGAGCCCCGGUGAAGAGUUUACGAAAGUGAAACAGUAUGUCGAGAACAUGAAGGGGAUCAAUGGCAGAAUGGAAUACAUCAGCGCGGACGUUCGAGACCAGGCUACAAUGUGGAAAAUCGGCAAAACUAUUGGAGACAAGGAGGGCCGCAUGGACGUCUGUGUCGCCGCCGCCGGUAUCCUCAAGCCCGACAUCGAUUGCUUGGAGUAUCCGGCAGAUGUCUUUGAGAAUACGAUAGAUGUGAAUGUAUGCGGCGUGCUCUACACAGCCCAGGCGGCAGGCCGCGAGAUGGAACGUUUCGGGAACGGAGGCAGCAUCAUCCUCAUCGCCAGCAUGAGCGGCAGCAUCACGAACAUGCAUCAGCACUGGGUAUCAUACAACACGUCCAAGUCGGCGGUGUUGCAGAUGGGCCGCAGCAUGGCGUGCGAGCUGGCUCAAAAGGGCAUCCGAGUCAACACCCUCAGCCCGGGCUACAUCUACACCAAACUGACCGGUCUCUUCGUCGACUCUCAACCGGGCUUGCUCGAGAAGUGGUCAAGCCAGAACCCCUCUGGACGGCUCGGCCGCCCGGACGAAUUGAGAGGAGUCGUCACCUGGCUUGCGAGCGACGCAAGCACCUACUGCAACGGGAGCGAUAUCAUCGUGGACGGCGGACAUCGCGCAUGGUAGGCACUCCGCGGUCUUUACGUUCUCAUGACAUUGUCAUUAUUGUAUCAUUAUCGCAAUCAUUGCCUAAGAGCGUUUUCAUUGUCUAA